UUGGCCGUGGAUCCGCGCAAGCCCCUCCCGCAUGAGCCUGCCGGUCAGACUGUUUUAGCAGACAAAGGACAAUGCGGCUCUUUCUCGUUUCUGCUCUGCAUCUUCUUCUCUUCCAAACUCCGCCUCAUUUUUUCCAGCCUCUAUUAUCCUAAUGCUCUAACGACAACUCCCUGCACGAAAUUUAUUUUUGCCAACAAGCCCACAUCUAUUUUUUUUUCCUUUAUCAGUGCAGCAACACGUAAUAACGAUAUAUAUCUCCCUUUCUCCAAACACCCGUUCUGAGAACACCAUUUCUCUUUCCUAUUUGCACGUAAUACCACCCUUUAUUUCUGCCUGUCAAGCAAAAAAAUGAUGGCUACCGUCAGGAGCAGCGGGGCGACAACGCCCUUUGCAAUGCAGCAGCCAAAGCUGGACAGCCAGAUGUUUGCGAUCUACCUGGCAAAUUCUGUGCGACGCGACGUGCUGCAUUUGGCAGCAGUGGGCGCCAUCAAGGAGUCGGACAAGAACGCGAUUUUCAGCUACCUGCCGCGGUCGGUCGUGGGCAUCGACGACGAGGACACGCUGUACGGCACGGAGACAUGCAGCACGUACACCAAGACGACGAGCAAGAGCACAGCGUGCGAGCCAGCACGUGUAAUCGCGACCCCGCGGCGGACUCCCCGGCAGCGGUCGGAGACGGCCCCGCAGCAGCAGAUCCACACGGCCCUGCAGUCGCCGCGGUCGCCCAAGACGCAAAAGUUCGAGGGCCUGGGGGCCAAGCUGGGCGCGCUCUUCGGCAAGUUCAACGUGGAGGAGGCUGGCCGGCGCAGCGGCAGGCUCGCCGCGGUCGCCCAAGCCACACCAGCAGCUGGGGCUGCAGACGCUGGCCAGCCUGGCCGAGGAGGAGGCCAAGCAGAUGCGCGACACCGACGACGCGUUCUUCCGCAAGGCGUCGCAGGGCAGCAGGCGCUCGGAGAAAAGCAACGACUCGGCCACUAUCGCCGAGUACUCGUCGGACGAGAACUCGGAGAAUGCCAGCCAGGGGUCGCUGGCCAGCCUGGAGUCGAUUCGCAAGUCGCGCGUGUGGCAGGAGAUCAACGACUCGCUCAAUAGCGAUACCUCGGCCUCGUCGACGCUGGCCACGGUGCGUAAGCGCAGCUACACGCA